CAUUCCCACUCUGACACACUUUCACUCUCUCCCUGACUCGAGCAGGAGAGCACACUCAGGAUCAGACUACACACCUGUACGCAUUGAUAGGUUGCAUGAACACACACGUAUUGACAAGUAUCUUGUCAUUGAUUUGGCUGUAACAGAGGCGUGGUGAGACAUUUGGGUAAGUUUUAAAAUGUGAGAUUUUAUCUGGAAUAAAACUAUUUCAUAUAAAUUAUCGAAACAAGAAUGUUUAGGCUACCAUUUAAUAUUAUACAUUUUCCUUGUAUGAAAUGUAUUUCAGCUGUUUUUACUUCCACAUGCUCCAAACAGUCUUUGACUGUUCUGGAAGGAAAGCAUGGACUGUUUCUAUGUAUAGCUCAACUGAGGAAGCUAAUAUAUGCAGGGUUAAUUUAGGCUAUUAUCCACAGUACUUUGAGAGCAGUCGUUUCUAGUGUGAGUCAUAUCUACAUGAUGAUCACCAUUGUUUUUUUUAUUUAAGGGGCUAGAUCAGCUUUAAAAUUGCAGAUAUAUUGUGGGUUCUAUCAAUGUAAUUGUUUGCAUCAUUUCCAAUCCCCAAAAAUAUUAUUUUAUAAAUAAAUAUAUUUUCCUUUAUUUUCCCCUAACCCUACCUCCCCUCCCCUAAUUGGAGUAAACUAAUGGACAACUAUACUUAGGCUUCUACUUCCAGCUUAUACAUACUAUAUACAUUUUAUGGAUAUGGUACAUUUUACAUUAGUUAUAUCUUUAUUGAAUUUUUUUAUCCCACCCUUCAGCCACCCAUCUAUCUCUAAAAACAUCCAGUCUUGACCUUUCUAUUCUCAUAGUUUACACAGAUUCUAAAUGAAAGAUGAACAUCUUUACUAAAAGUACUAUUAUAUUAUUGAUAGACUGACCAUGGCUUUUCAAGUCACCCAGCAGUGCUAUUUGCAAAGAUAGAUUUAAGUAAAUAUUGUGAUUUUCAGCCAUUCCUGAACCUGCAACCUAAAACAAGCUACAUACAGUGCAUUCGGAAAGUAUUCAGACCCCUUGACUUUUUUCACAUUUUGUUAUGUUAAAGCCUUAUUCUAAAAUUGAUUAAAUUGUUUUUUUUCCUCAUCAAUCUACACACAAUACCCCAUAAUGACAAAGCAAAAACAGGUUUUUAGAAAUUUGUGCAAAUUUAUAAAAAAUAAAAAACGGAAAUAUUACAUUUACAUAAGUAUUCAGACCCUUUACUCAGUACUUUGUUGAAGCAUCUGUGGCAGCGAUUACAGCCUUGAGUCGUCUUAGGUAUGACUCUACAAGCUUGGCACACCUGUAUUUGGGGAGUUUCUCCCAUUCUUCUCUGCAGAUCCUCUCAAGCUCUGUCAGGUUGGAUGGGGAGCGUCGCUGCACAGCUAUUUUCAGAUGUAGCCUCUGUCUGGGCCACUCAAGGACAUUCAGAUACUUUUCCCGAAGCCACUCCUGCGUUGUCUUGGCUGUGUGUUUAGGGUCGUUGUCCUGUUGGAAGGUGAACCUUCGCCCCAGUCUGAGGUCCUGAGCAGGUUUUCAUCAAGGAUCAAAAAUCCCUUCCCAACACAGAACUGGUAUACUUUUUUGUAUCAACCCAAUUGUGGUCUUUUAUUACAUUUACAUUUUAGUCAUUUAGCAGACGCUCUUAUCCAGAGCGACUUACAGUUAGUGAGUGCAUACAUUAUUUUUUAAAUUUUUCAUACUGGCCCCCCGUGGGAAUCGAACCCACAACCCUGGCGUUGCAAACGCCAUGUUCUACCAACUGAGCUACAUCCCUGCCGGCCAUUCCCUCCCCUACCCUGGACCAAUUGUGCCCCGCCCCAUGGGUCUCCCGGUCGCGGCCGGCUACGACAGAGCCUGGAUUCGAACCAGGAUCUCUAGUGGCACAGCUAGCACUGCGAUGCAGUGCCUUAGAUCACUGCGCCACUCGGGAGGGCUUGCCUCCUCCAUUUUUGCGGUAAUGCUGCAAUCAGUUGGUUGUAAUUUUGGAUAGAGCAGACAUUUCCAUAUAUAUUUUUUAGCUCCAUGUGUGACAACGCCCCCAGUCCUAUUUAUUAUAUCAUAAACAAAGAUUAUACCCUUUUAAACGUUUUUUCUCCAAAAAUAACCAGCUUGUUUUAAAAAUAGUGAUAUUUUGGAUAUUAUUAAAUUUUCAAAUAACUGAAAGUGAGAGGUUGUAGUCUGAAUAAAUGGGAAAAGGCCAUUUUUGAACAUAGGGUGAGACAUUCUUCCUAAUCUACUGGAGAACCAGUUCGGAUAUAAGUAUAACUUUUGUAUGACUGAAGCCUUUAGUGAGAGGUCCAAUGUUUUAAUAUUUCAUAAUUUUAGUCCUCAGAAUUCAUAUUCAUUAUAUAAAUAGACCCGUUUAAUUUUGUCUUGCUUGCCAUUCCAAAUAAAGUGGCAUCUUUUUUGCUCAUAUAAUUUUAAAAAACAAGUUGUUUGGUGUAGGCAGGGCCAUCAGUAAAUAGGUAAACUGGGAUAUGACUAAAAAAUUUAUCAGGGGGAAUUUUCCACAAAUAGACAAGUAUUUACCUUUCCAUGGUAGCAAGAUGUUAUCUAUUUUUGCUAACUUUCUAUUAAAAUAUAUUGUAUUGAGAUCAUUUAUUUUUUUCGGGAUAUGAACACAGAGUAUGUCCACUUCACUGUCAUACCAUUUUAUUGGUAAACGACACAAUAAUGUAAACAUUUUAUUUUUUUAGCGAUCCAAUACAUAAUAUGGGACACUAAUCAUAGUUUGGUUGUAAUCCAGAGAGGUUAGAGAAGUUAUCUAGAUCCUCUAUGAGGCAGUGCAGGGAUCGAUAUUGCAGAUUUAAAAGAAAACAUGAGUCUUCAGCGUACAAUGACACCUUUGUUUUUACUGUUGAAUCUGAUUUUAAUAGCUAACAUUUCUAUGGCCAUAAUAAAUACAUAUGCCAAUAGUGGACAACCUUGUUUUACUCCUCUUGACAGUUUAAUACUUUCUGAGAAGUAGCCAUCAUUUACACCUGGGGUUACUAUACAUCACUUGAACUCAUUGUAUAAGAGAUUCUCCAAAAUUAAAAUAGUCCAUGCAUUUAUAUACUGAACAAAAAUAUAAAUGCAACAUGCAACAAUUUCAAAGAUUUCAGUUACAGUUCAUAUAAGAAAUCAGUAAAUUUAAAUAAAUAAAUUAGGCCCCCCCCCCCCCAGACGAUCCCACAGGUGAAGAAGCCGGGUGUGGACGUCCUGCGCUGGCGUGGUUACACGUGGUCUGCAGUUGUGAGGCUGGUUGGACGUACUGCCAAAUUCUCUAAAACGAGGUUGGAGGCAGCUUAUGGUAGAGAAAUAAACAUUCAAUUCUCUGGCAACAGCUCUGGUGGACAUUCCUGCAGUCAGCGUGCCAAUUGCAUGCUCCCUCAUUGGCAUUGUGUUGUGUGACAAUACUGCACAUUUUAAAGUGGCCUUUUAUUGUCCACAGCACAAGGUGCACCUGUGUAAUGAUCAUGCUGUUUAAUCAGCUUCUUGAUAUACCACACCUGUCAGGUGGAUGGAUUAUCUUGGCAAAGGAGAAAUGCUCACUAACAGGGAUAUAAACAAAUUUGUGCACAAAAUUUGAGAUAAGCUUUUUCUGCUAAUGGAACAUUUUGGGGAUUUUUCAUUUCAGCUCAGGAAACAUGGGACCAACACUUUACAUGUUGCGUUUAUUUUUGUUCAGUGUAUAUAAUUUCUAGUCGUACUUUAUCAAAGGCCUUUUCACCAUUUGUUGUAACGAUCUUCCUACAUUUCGUAGCUUACUUCAUGAGUUAAACUUGUGUGUGUUGUUUCUGAGGAAUUCCACUCACAUACAUACAAAACCAUUUAGUGAGGAUUUGCUUUGGUUAAAGAUCACUGAGUUCACAGGUUUAUGAUUCCAUGACUUGCAGGAACAUUUCACAAUGGCUUUUACAACCUCAUGUGGAGUGCAAUUGUAAUGAAAAUUCUCUGAACUCAGAGAGACAAGGGUGUAGCUCGACUCUAGACUGUUCUUGUCUUGCUUUAAAGCAGUGGUUCUCAACUGGGUUUGCCUCGGGACCCAAAUUGAACCAGGUUUUCUCAGUCGCAAACCAAUAUACAUCGUGAAAAACAAUCGCCAAAUACAAUCUGGAAAACUAUUUUUAAUACUAUAUUGAUACAUGUAGCAAUUAUAUGACAAGGGAACAACGUUCCCACCUCUUUCAUUGUCAGUAAUAGAAUUUUGCCCAUUUUCUUGAUGAAGAAUGUUGAUAAACUCACAAUAGUGCGCUCUAUAUUGAAAAUCGUGAUAAAAAAAUAAUGAGUUCAUUAUCAUUUCUACCUGGUUUAAGUUGUUUAAUUUCAGACUGGAGUAUUAUUUCAUAAAACACUCAGACACCCACGGUUAUAUGAAGGUUUGGCUUGGAGAGUCCAAAAGCGAAGGGAAAAGGUGAGAGGAGGAGAGUGCGUAGAUCCGAGAAGGAAUUAUACAACCAGAAAAGUUAUUAUGCUGUAUGUGGCUGCUAUGAAAGUGAACUGUGUGUGCGGGUGAUCAGGGGUGUAUUCAUUCCGCCAAUUCUGUUGCAAAACGUUUGUUUCUUAAACAGAUGCAAACUAAAUGAAACGGGAUGGACCUAUCUGAAUUUCAGUUGCAAAACAACUGUUUGGACUAAUGAUUACACCCCAGAUCAGCUAGAUGCAGCCAAGAGUGUGCAAGGCGGUAUUGAAUGCGUCACUCAAAUUCGAGUAUCAUGUAGUAGCCAAACCUGUCAACAUUACAUUGAGCUGGGCCCCGUGUAGCUCAGUUGGUAGAGCAUGGCGUUUGCAACGCCAGGGUUGUGGGUUCGUUUCCCACGGGAGGCCAGUAUGAAAAAUGUAUGCACUCACUAACUGUAAGUCGCUCUGGAUAAGAGCGUCUGCUAAAUUACUAAAAUGUAAAUGAAUGUAAUAUGAAUGACAGUCAUCCAAUAUGCUGUAAUAGAAAUAAGGUCAUGCUCAUAAAAAUAUAUAUAUAUCGUCCUCCCUAAUCUUAAACUGCACCCACCGCCACUGAUGUCUACCUGAGUCUUGCCUGUUUGUUCUGGUGAGGGUUAUACUUUUGGGAAUGGCUAACUUCUCACUGUGGCAGCAACUGAGUCUAGCAGAGCAGAAUAGAACAACAUGAGGCAACAGAGGUUUUGACUGGAAACCAGCAGGUUAAAUUAUAUGAUUUUGUGUCUUUUCAUUUAGAUUCUCGAUGUCUCUUUUCCUUGUCCGCUGAUGUCAUUGGUUUCUCCCUUGGUGUGUUCUAGACCUUUUCGUAUAUCAUGUUUUUCUCUAAUUGAUUGACAUUGAUGUCAAUUAAGUGGGAAUUUAUUGGCCAUUAGAUUAGUAAGGGUCCUGAUGGAGCUCUCGAGUCAAGUGGCUAAUUCUUCCUCUUUGAAUGAUUGCUCUCUCUCUCUCUCUCUCAAGUAGGGAGUGAAGGUGCUUUUAAGGUGACAUGUCUAGUAGAUUUGGAUGAACCUGAAGCUGUGUAUGAAAUAGCCUUGGCACACAGUGGUCCAAACUGGCUUCACAGUUCUUGGGACCAUGUGGUUCUAGCUGUAGCCUAAUAUGUGUCUGUUCUUUCCUCAAUUUGUGUACUCUUCAGAUCCAACAAACGCAACUAUAAUUAGCCUAACCAUUGUAAUUGCAUUAUCAAUAACUAGAUUACAAAAUGGCAACGCUGUAAUCGUUAUCUUGAACUAUAAACAUUUAUAGUCUGGAUACUGUGCUUCCUUUUGCACGUACUUGAUGUCCUAGCUAAUUUCCGAUUUAUACGAAAUUGUUUGACUACAGAGGUAGCAAAACUGUACUUCAAAUCUAUGAUACUCCCCCACUUAACAUACUGUUUGGCUAGUUGGGCCCAAGCUUGCUGUACAACAGUAAGACCUAUUCAGUCUGUCUACAAACAGGCUCACAAAUUGCUUGAUAGGAAGCCCAAUAGCCAUCAUCACUGUCACAUCCUUAGAAAGCAUGAGCUCCUGAGUUGGGAAAAUCUUGUGCAAUACACCGAUGCAUGUCUUGUAUUCAAGAUCCUAAAUGGCUUGGCUCCCCCUCCACUCAGUAUUUUUGUUAAACAGAAAACCCAAACAUAUGGCAGCAGAUCCACAAGGUCUGCCAUGAGAGGUGACUGUGUAGUUCCCCUAAGGAAAAGCACCUUUAGUAAAUCCGCUUUUUCUGUGAGAGCUUCCCAUGUCUGGAAUACACUGCCAUCAGACACACAUAACUGCACCACAUAUCACACUUUCACAAAAUGCUUGAAGACAUGGCUAAAGGUCAAUCAGAUUUGUGAACAUGGUCCCUAGCUGUGUGUUGCCGCUUUCCAUGUCUGUUGUCUGUAACUUGUGAGGUGUGGAAACACGUUGUUGCUUUUAUGAAUUUUGUCUUGCUGCUUUUUGUUCUAUGUUGCUCUGUCUGUAUGCUACGUCUUGCUUGUUCUAUGUUGCUAUGUCUGUAUGCUAUGUCUUGUUCUAUGUUGUUAUUGUCUAUAUUGUAAUUGUUUUUAAUAACCUGCCCAGGGACUGCGGUUGAAAAUUAGCCGGCUGGCUAAAACCGGCACUUUUACUGAAACGUUGAUUAAUGUGCACUGUCCCUGUAAAAAUAAACUUAAACUCAAACUCAAGAAAACAGUUUCAAUCAGCGUUUACAAUAGACCCCAGUCAGCAUUCUCCACCAGUGGGUUCAGUACAGUAGGUUGGGGUUCAUGGUUAAAACACCUCUCAGCUGAACCACACCAUCACUGUCUCUCCAUAGCAAUAACACUGGGCACUUUGGAGACUUUGACUGACUCGUUUAAUUACGGUCUUAACUUUUUAAUCGGUGCUAACCAAGGUGCAUUAGAGAGGAUCUGGUGCCAAGCCAAGGACCAGGCUACUCCAAGUCUGAGUGAUUACCCACUUUAUCCCUCUUUAAGCUCACAGAGUCAAACACGGACCUGUGUCCUCAUAAACCUGGAAAAUGUGGUUUGAGAGGACCUAAAUUCGAUUCAAUGUGCAGGCACCUGGAAAAUUGCACACUAAGCGUUUUUCCUGGACGAUAAUAAGCAAGAGUCCUACAAUGCUGCUAAGGCAAUAGGGUGGGGCAAUGUUCCCUCUAAACUGCGUGCAUGGGCAGAAGAAAUAUCAGCCCACAGAGAGAAGCACAAGAUUGAACUUCACUCAACUUUCUAGAGUUUUCCCUGUUAACACUAUCAACACUUCCCUUUACUGUGGCAAUUGUGAUCGAAUCAACGCAAUAUUAGCCACUUCCAAUGCAACAUACCGAAACAAAAUGAACUAUGCAAGACUUUUAGUAUGCAAAACUAACUAUGCAAGAGAUGUUGAUGUAGGCAGAACGCAUCGGAGUAGAAUUCUAUUGCAUUGACACGCAGGACUCAGCCAGUACUCUACACAGACCGGUGUGGCAUAACCAAUCAGAGCUACAGUAGGCCUAUAUGCAAAUAGACCAUUGCCAUAUAUGGAUCUGUGCCAUUUACUUUGAACUGGACUGUGUUUAUAGCAUGAGAGGUCGUGAGUAGAUGCGCUUUGUUUGAGAUCAAAGCGAGAGCUGCAUGUAGCCACGUGUGCACAUUUUGUUCAUAUCCUUUGCUAGUUAGUGAGUUAUUAGCCCAGUUAUAGAUCAUUUGUAGUCAGCAAUAGGGGAGUGAUUGCUUCCUACAAGAGCCCCACAGUGGAGGUGUCAUAAUACCCAUAAAACCUAGCGGUCAAACAGGGAAAUGGUUCCAAUCGUUUUUCCACCAUUCAUUUUGUCUGGUUUUAGAAACACUUAAAAUAAGGUCUGUGUUUCGUGUAGGCUUACCCUGGUGUGACGUUUUGAUAACUAUGUAAAUCUCUCUCAGGCAAGGUGACUUUUAUCAAUAUAUUCGGCUCUAUUUACGCUGAUUCAAAAAUGCAAAUUAGCAUCAACGUAGAAAUCAUGCAAGACUACAAAUCUCUGCAAGCUCCUGCACGUCAUCUCUAGCUGACACCUUUGCUAACAGGCAUUAUCAAUUUACAACUUGCACAAGACAGUUCACAGAAUUUUAAAUUUAAAGAAAUGUAGCCAAUUUAUUCAUUUCUAAAUUUAGCUAACAUUAGAUAGUUCAUCUGGAGAUUCUUACCUUUGCCUCGAAUCAGGCAGUCUCGUCCAGAUCAUAAUGGCAUCUGUAGUUCUUUAUGAUAGCCACAUUAGCAGCUAAUUAGCAUUUCAUUUUUGUGGGGUAAAUAGAGGGGACUAUGUUGAUAGAAAAUCACCUUGUCCUAGAGAGAUUUACACGGUUAUCAAAAUGUCACGCCAGGGUAAGCCUACACGAAACACAGCCCUUAUUUUAAGUGUUUAUAAAAUUAAUGGUGGAAAAACUAUUAGAACCAUUUCCUUGUUUGACCGCAAGGUUUUAUUGGUAUUAUGACUCCUACUGUGGUACUCUAUAGGCAGAGUGUAGCAUAAUUUUUCUGAUUGUAUGGGAAUAAUAAUGCUUUUUAUUUUGUAAAGUGGUUUCUUGCAUCAAACAACAACAUUUUCAGUCACCACCUUGUCUGAAGGACAAGUGGAUCAACAGGUUAAUGUCAAGCCCUGCAUGUUGUUUUCAAAGGUCUCAUGGAAUGUAGGCCUACAUUGAACACCCCACAUUGGCUGCUACUGUAGGCUGAAUGAUAGAACAGCUAUGUCCAUGUUAAAAUGUUAUGGGAUGCAUUUUCUCCAUUGUUUUUAAUGGUAGGCCACUCUGGUAGACCUACAUUAUGAUCAAAUAGCCACAGUAGCCUACUUGGCCACUGUUAAAACUGUAACUUAAAGCAGGUACAGCCUCAGUGUGCACAGUAAACGCGUGUUGGAAGUUGCACAGAAUUUUCACAACGUUCAGGUUUGCCCUAAGCAAGAAUUUUCGAAACACCUUUGAUACCUACAACAAAAGCUACCUGUCGUGGACAAAUUAGUCUGUGUGAAGUGUGCAUGACUGAUGUGUAUUUUGUGUCUGUAUUUCCUGGUUCUUGCAGUCCUACAGUACAGAUGAACAUGGACACGCACCAUGAGCACCACGACCACGGCAACAUGGCUGGCACCGUGGCUCCUCCCAUGGGGACAGACUCUCAUGGGGAUGGAGGAGGGCAUGGAAUAGGACACUGUGCAGGAGGGGGAAUGAUGAUGAUGGUGAGUGGGCCUUGCCAAACAACCCGAGGCCACAUCCGUAAAUAAAUCACACACUAAUUUCUCUCUGUUACAGUGUGGGAUUUAUUUAGGCUUGGCACCCCGUCUCUGCACUUUCUACCACCUCUCACAAAGUUGCAAAUCUGAUUAAGAUGAAUGGUUUUAAACUGUAGUUCAAACGGCCUGCUUGACAUUUUUCUCUGCUGUGUGAGCUGAAUCACUGUAAAACCCUUGGUUCUGUAGGUGUGUAAUACUAUUUAUUGUUUUCUAUUCCUCUUCUGAAGCAAAUGACCUUCUACUUUGGCUACACAAACGUGGAGCUGCUGUUUGCCGGUUUGAUCAUCAACACACCUGGAGGUAAGUGUGUUUGUGUUUCCAGAAUGCAUUUGAAGACUUGAAAUGUAGUACAAAAAGUAUUUUAUGACCAUGGCCAUUAACAGUUCAUUAUUAUCCCCAAAAAUACAAAUUUGAAUAUCUAACCAAAAUUAACAUCUCGACCAUGUCUCCUCUCUCAGAGAUGGCAGGGGCCUGCAUUGGUUGUUUCAUGCUGGCUGUGCUCUACGAAGGACUGAAGAUCAGCAGGGAGUUCCUGCUGAGGAGGAACCAGGUCAACGUGCGCUAUAACUCCAUGCCUGUCCCAGGAGCAGACGGCACCAUGCUUAUGGAGACCCACAAGACUGUAGGGUGAGUGAGACCAAAUAUGCAACAGGCCUCCUCACUAAACGGACACACAGUAGUACUGUAGUGAAGUGUUCCAGUUUACACCCCAAAUGUGAGACUUCUAGACAUGGCAGCCAAAAAAGGCUAAUAUCUCCACAUUAACUUGUAGUAGGACAUUUUGAAGCUUUAUAAACAUUUGGUGGGUGCUUAUAUUUGUCCAAUUUCAAGUAUGUAUUAAUACGCAUGUGUGAAUCUGAAAUGUUUUUUUACAUAUCCCAACUCUCCCUGAGACACCCUCACAGACUGGCCAAAUGAUCUAACCACUAGGCUACCUGCUGCCCUGCCUUACUGUUUGUGGGGAAUGUUGUGGCCAUAACAUGAAUUAAAAAAUGUCUAAGUAGCCAUUAACACCAGACUUGCAGAGUGCUGUGAAUGAAUUGAUUGAAAAUAAUCCUUUUAAUAAUCCUGUUUCCUUCUCUCUCCCCUGCAGCCAGCGGAUGCUGAGUCUGUCCCACUUAUUGCAGACAGUGUUACACAUCAUCCAGGUGGUGGUCAGCUACUUCCUUAUGUUGGUCUUCAUGACCUACAACGCUUACCUGUGUAUCGCCGUGGCAGCGGGGGCCGCGGUGGGAUAUUUCUUAUUCAGCUGGAAAAAGGCUGUGGUUGUCGACAUCACCGAACACUGUCACUAACACCCCCACCUGGUCUUUAUUCAUCCUCCCACACACAUAAACACACACACAGGCAUUCUCCUUUCAAUCCCCAUCGUCAUCAUCAUACAUCCAGUUGUAUAUACAUGUAUCACAUUUGGACAGUUCACUUUGUCACACUAAAGCUGCUCGAUGGCAAAUGUGAAUUAUGACAUUUUACAUUUUAGUCAUUUUAGCAGACGCUCUUA